AUGGAUAAGGGUAGUUACUAUAUAUACUGCAAGCCAUACCAUGAAAAUUCAUCCAUCAUGCGUUCGAUCUCUUCUCUUCUCGUAGCUCUCGCGCUCUCCCCUAUGUCAGCAAUGGCAGCGCGUGAGGUAUUUGCGCACUACAUGGUUGGCAAUACCUACGGUCAAACCCUCGAUGACUGGGCAAAAGACAUCCAACUCGCCAAAGCCGCCUCCAUUGAUGGCUUUGCCCUUAAUGCCGGUCCCACCGACUCUUACGGUGAAGAACAGCUUGAUCUAGCCUACCAGGCUGCGGAGGCAAAUAACUUCAAGUUAUUCAUCUCAUUCGACAUGCUCUGUUGCGGAACAUGGGAUGUUUCCACAGUUGCGAAAUUUAUCAAUGCCCACAAAGACAGCUCUGCGCAAUUCAAGGUCGGCGGAAAGCCCAUGGUUUCGACAUUUGAGGGCACAAAUUUUGUCUCCCAGUGGAGUGAGGUCGAGUCGAGUACUGGACAAUUGUUUUUAGUUCCUGACUGGGCUUCAAUGGGGCCACAGACUUUUGCUACCCAUUUGGACGUCGUCGAUGGUGCCUUUGUGUGGGAUGCAUGGCCGCUUGGUACAACCCCAGCCACAAAGACAACCGAUUCCGAUAAUCAGUGGAUUAGUGCGAUCAAUGGAAAGCCAUACAUGAUGGCUGUGUCACCAUGGUUUUAUACCAGGCUUCCGCAGUACUCCAAAAACUGGAAUUGGGACUCCGACACCCUCUGGUUUGACCGUUGGGAGUCUGUGAUUGAUGUUCUCCCGCAAUACGUUGAGAUCAUCACCUGGAACGACUACGGCGAAUCCCACUACAUUGGCCCCAUACGCAGCCAAGGUAUCGUCUCUGGUGCCGAGGUCUAUGUCAAUAACAUGCCCCACGAUGCCUGGCGCUUCAUUCUACCGUACUACAUCGCUGCCUACAAAGCCGGUACCCGCGAUGUCACUGUCCCGACCGAGGGGCUAUGUUUUGGUAUCGGACCACGCCCAAGGCCGUCUGCGGUGAUGGCUCCACAACCUGCGGUAACGCCGGUACUGGCGGAUCGGCGCGUGGAGGUGACAAUCGGUGGUCAAGGGAAAACCUUCUCUGUGCCGAAGGGAGUCAAAUUGGUAGAAUUGCCGUUUUCAGGAAGGGUGGGCGAUGUUGUGGUCAAAGUCAACGGAAAGACUGCAACAGGGCCGGCGAAAAUUACAAACAGUUGCCCGUCCAGUGGGUAUGUUAACUUUAACGCGGUGGUUGGAUCUACUUCAUAG